AGAGAUGCUGCUGCUGCCGCCGCGCCGCUCUUGACUCACACGGCCCGAGCAUCACACGCCUCAGCGGGUAGAUGCCAACUCUCCAGGCCGAGGAAGAGACGGGGGAGCCUGGGGGAAGGUGUCGGGCGGUGCCGGCGGUCCUGGAAGUGGCUACCUAGCCGGAGUGGAGGAGUGAGAAGGCAAGACGAGGAAGGCGGAAGGGGAAGAAGACGGAGGGGGAGAGACCGAGAAAAGGAAGAGACUAAAUGGCUACAUUGCUACCGGGCUUCGCCAAGCUCUCGCCUCUGGUACUUCACCUGCUUCUCCUCGGCUCUUUGUUCGCCCUCACCCCGCCGACGGCGCAUGCAGCGGGGGCUUCCGACCUGUGGACCCCGGGCCCCCGCCUUCGGGAUGCCGGUAAAGCGAGCGAGCCAGCAUGGGAGGACAGCCGGGAUAUACCCGCCGGCAGGUGGAGCGACGAGCGGACACGGCCUGAGGGAUGCUCCGGGACACCGGAAGGAUUCGGGACGUUUCGGAGGAGCGGGAACGAGCUGCCGCCUCCUCGCCUCCCCGGUGGUGUCCGUGCGGGGAAGAAGGGCGUUGUUCCGCCCGCCACCUCGGAGGCUUUCGGCUCCUCGCCGGUUCAGAGCGGUAAAAAACGGACAGUACAAAGAACUAGAGUGAGCGCGCUGCCCCGGCCACACCUUACUGAACGUGGAGCCCACAGCGCCUUUGUGCGAGCAUUUAGCCCGAGCAAGGCACCCGGAAGUCGGGGGAAAAGCGAUGGAGGGCCGUGGGAGAAAGCUGGUGAGCUCAGCAGGCACUGUAAGGAUUUCAAAUUAACACCAGAAGCAACGUAUUUUCCUAGAUAUAAUUCAGCUUCUUAUCAAAAAUAUAACUCCAUACAUCCAUUUUUUACCGCUUAUUCCCUUUGGGGUAAAUCCCAUCUUAAUAUUUGUAUGUGGGUCCAAGCAUUUUGUCAGAGUUACAAACAGAAUAAGAAUAAUAAUAAUGGUGCUCGGAGCUCAACUAGCAUGGUCAAGAAAAAAGACGGUAAUUGUUCCCAUUUGGUCAGGCGCCGUGUUAUCCGAGAGGGGGGCGAGGUUGCCCGUAGGACCCGGCGCGUGAUCCGGGAGAGGGAAGGGUGGUCGGAGGGGGAGGAAGAGGACAGAUGUUGCGCACCGGCAGUGUUUAUGUGCAGAGCGAAGGGUAGGCGACGGGAGAUUGAAAGAGGAAGGGUCAGGCAAGGCGACGCACACAUUAACGUAUCUAAUUAUGCGGGUAGUGACUGCGGGGAUGAUAAUGAAGGGGUGGAAGCGGGGAAGGAGACUCCCUGGUGUUUUGAGGGACGAGGAGCAAGGUGUGGAUUGUUAGCGGGGUUUUUAGGUCCCCGGGGCGGUAUAACUCAGAGGUGUCCCAAAUGGCAGUUUGGAACAGGCAGCAUCACGGAAGCGCCAGGUCAGUGGUUUACACGUGUUAAAAUGUGUCAUAUUUUGUCAAUACUCCAAGUGCAAACAAGCCAUUAUGCAGAAAUUGAACCUGUUGGAAUCUGUAGUUCUGCAAAAAAAAAUAAAUCAGAGGGAGCUGACUCGGCAGUUUCUGUGUCUGGGAAGUUUCCUGCUCAGUUAACGCUAAAGUUACAUCCGUCUUGUCAGCCUCCCACUUUUUCUUCACAAGUCAAUCUGACCACGUGGCCUAGUGAGUUUCCUCGGUGGCCCAUUUCUGCAGGGGAUUCUGUACUUGGGACAGCUCUUACGGAUAGAGUGAUUUUGUGGGGUGAUUUCAACGUAAACAAUAACAACAACAAGGGUAAAGAGAGGCGUGAUUUUGGUGAUGAAUCAGAGACGAUAAAUUCCACUGAGCAAGUGUCUUUAGAAGGCGUCAGACUGUCAGAAAAGCAGCAGAUUGGGACUGAGGAGGGAAGGGAGAGAGAUGGUGAGGCAGAGGGGGACGGACCGGAGGGCUCUGCCGCUGCUGCUGGGGGAGGAAAAUUGCAGGUGGGGGAGGGUGAGUUAAUGGUAGGGAGAGGACCGCGGGGAGAAGGGGAGGACGAGAAGCAGAGCGAGAGGGGGACAACAAAGCUAGGCCAAGCUGAGGAGAGAGAGGCAGAGGAAGGGAAGGGUCAGGAUAGGGGCAGUAUCACCGUCACUACCACACACCUAGAUAGUGAAGAGAGGCAGCCAGAGGGGGAGGCUGAGGAGAGCCGCAGUUCAAGGGGAGAAAGGAGCCUGGAAAGGCUGAUAAUAGACCCAGAUGAUAAAACUUUGCCGGAGGAAAGGAACGGCAAGGUUUUGAUGGCGUGGCCUCGCUCUCGACGUGCAGCUAACAGACAUCCUCAUUUUUCCCUAUAUAACUACCAAAUACAAGUAGCCGAGAACCAGCCACCUGGGACUUCCGUUCUAGUCAUGUCUGCUUCAGACCCGGAUGCAGGGGAUGCAGGCAGGCUGAGCUACAGCAUGGCCCCACUGAUGAACAGCCGAUCCUCUGACUAUUUCCACAUACACCCUGACACCGGGUUGAUCACGUCCACCCAGAUUCUAGAUCGAGAACAUAUGGUUCUGCAUUAUUUUCGUGUCACAGCGACUGAUCAUGGUUCCCCUCGUCUCUCUGGCACCACAAUGGUUGCCAUUACUGUUGCAGACCGCAAUGAUCACUCCCCUAUUUUUGAGCAGACCGAGUACAGGGAAACCAUCAGGGAGAAUGUAGAGGAAGGGUAUCCCAUUCUUCAACUGAGAGCGACAGAUUUAGACUCCCCGUCCAACGCUAAUAUCCGCUACCGAUUUGUGGGCGACACCGCAACAGUUGGAAGAGCUGCUUUUGAAAUCGAUCCAAGAUCAGGCCUCAUAACUACCCGUGGAAUUGUUGACAGAGAAACAAGUGAACGCUACACGCUCCAGGUGGAGGCUAGCGACCAGGGCAAGGAACCAGGGCCACGUUCAGCCACAGUCGAAGUCUUCAUCACCGUGCUGGAUGAAAAUGACAAUGUGCCACAGUUCAGCGAGAAGCGGUACGUGGUGGCGGUGAAGGAGGACGUGAGGCCACACACUGAGAUCCUCCGUGUGAGUGCCACAGACCGGGACAAGGACAGUAAUGCUGCGGUUCACUACAAUAUCAUCAGUGGGAACAGCCGUGGACAGUUUUCUAUAGACAGUUUCACGGGGGAGAUCCAAGUAGUGGCGCCCCUGGAUUACGAGGCGGAGCGGGAGUACACCCUGCGUGUACGUGCGCAGGACAAUGGCCGACCACCUCUUUCCAACAACACCGGCAUUGUGAGUGUGCAAGUGACAGACGUCAAUGACAACCCGCCCAUCUUUGUAUCCACGCCGUUUCAAGCAUCCGUGCUUGAGAGUGCACCUGUUGGAAGCUCAAUCCUCCACAUUCAGGCCAUCGAUACCGACGCAGGCGACAACGCACGCCUGGAAUACAGACUGACCGGCACUAGCUCUGACACACCAUUCCUCAUCAAUUCUGCAACAGGCUGGGUCACCGUCAGAAGCAUUCUUGACAGGGAAUCUGUAGAGCACUAUUUCUUUGGUGUAGAGGCGAGGGAUUAUGGGAUGCCGCCUCUUUCUGCCACAGCAAGUGUCACAAUAACAGUCAUGGAUGUCAAUGAUAACCGACCAGAGUUUUUACAAAAGGAAUAUUACGCCCGCCUGAAUGAGGACGCUGUAGUUGGCACCAGUGUGGUCACUGUCACAGCUGUGGAUCGGGAUGUCAACAGCGCGGUGACCUAUCAGAUAACAGGUGGAAACACCAGGAACCGCUUUGCCAUCAGCACAGCAGGUGGGUCCGGGCUGCUCUCUUUAGCCCUCCCUCUGGACUACAAACAAGAGCGGCGCUAUGUCUUAACUGUCACUGCUUCAGACCGCACGCUUCAUGAUACCUGUCAGGUGCACAUCAACAUCACAGAUGCCAACACGCACCGGCCUGUGUUCCAGAGCGCACACUACUCCGUCAGUGUGAAUGAGGACCGACCAAUUGGAAGCCAAGUGGUUGUCAUCAGCGCAACCGAUGACGAUGUGGGUGAAAACGCACGCAUCACAUAUUUCCUGGAGGACAAUAUCCCUCAGUUUCGCAUAGAUCCUGGAUCAGGAGCUAUCACGCUACAGGCGGAGCUUGACUAUGAGGACCAGAUGACCUACACUUUGGCAAUAACGGCCAAAGAUAACGGUAUUCCACAGAAAUCAGAUACUACAUACGUGGAGGUGAAUGUCAAUGAUGUGAAUGACAACGCACCCCAGUUCCUCAGCCCCAGAUAUCAGGGAACUGUGAGUGAAGACGCUCCUCCAUUCACCAGUGUCCUCCAAAUUUCAGCCACUGACCGGGACGCCCACGCCAAUGGUCGCGUUCAGUACACCUUUCAAAACGGCGAGGACGGGGAUGGAGACUUUACCAUUGAACCGACAUCUGGAAUUGUGCGAACUGUUCGCCGUUUGGACCGGGAAAGUGUGCCAUUCUAUGAGCUCACAGCGUACGCCGUCGACCGAGGCGUGCCUCCCCAGAAAACACCUGUCCACAUCCAGGUGACAGUUCUUGAUGUGAACGAUAACGCCCCGGUCUUUCCUGCCGAUGACUUUGAGGUUCUCGUGAGGGAAAACAGCGCAGUGGGUUCUGUGGUCGCCCAAAUCACCGCCACAGACCCGGACGAGGGCGCCAACGCCCAAAUCAUGUAUCAAAUUGUGGAAGGAAACAUCCCUGAGAUCUUUCAGAUGGACAUCUUCUCAGGCGAGCUCACAUCCCUUAUUGAUCUUGACUAUGAGGCUCGCAAUGAGUAUGUCAUCGUAGUCCAGGCCACUUCAGCCCCUUUGGUCAGCCGGGCUACUGUGCGAAUCAAACUGGUGGACCAGAACGACAACAAACCCACUAUGCAGGACUUCCAGAUUAUUUUCAACAACUUUGUGUCCAACCGCUCGAACAGUUUCCCCACCGGAGUUAUUGGGAGAGUCCCGGCCCACGAUCCAGAUGUGUCGGACCAGCUUUACUACACCAUAGACCGAGGGAACGAGCUUCACCUGCUGCUGCUUAAUCACACCAGCGGGGAGAUCCGACUGAGCCGUAAACUGGACAAUAACCGGCCGCUGGUGGCUCCCAUGCUGAUCACUGUCACAGAUGGGGUCCACAGCAUUUCCGCUCACUGCGUCCUGCGCGUCCUCAUCAUCACCGAGGACAUGCUGGGCAGCAGCGUCACGGUCCGCCUGCAGAACAUGUCCCAGGAGCACUUCCUGUCACCGCAGCUGGGUCACUUCCUGGAGGGCGUCUCAGCCGUGCUCUCGGUGCCCGUGGAGGACGUCUUCGUCUUCAACAUCCAGCCGGACAUGGACGCCGCUCCGGGAGGGAUCCUGAACGUCAGCUUCUCUGCCGCCCUGCCGGGAGGACACUUCUUUCCUUCCGAGGCCCUGGAGGAGCAACUGUACCUGAACAGGCCACGGCUGACGUCACUCACGCAGAUGGAGGUCCUCCCAUUCGACGACAACGUGUGUCUCCGCGAGCCCUGCCAGAACUACAUGAAGUGCAUCUCGGUGCUGCGCUUCAAUAGCUCCGCCCCCUUCAUCUCCUCGCCCUCCAUCCUGUUCCGGCCCAUCCACCCCAUCGCCGGCCUACGUUGCCGCUGCCCGCUGGGCUUCACUGGCGACUACUGCGAGACGGAGAUCAACCUUUGCUACUCCAACCCCUGCCUCAACGGAGGGGUGUGCGCCCGGAAAGAGGGAGGGUACACGUGUAUCUGCCGGGAGGACUACACGGGUGACCGCUGUGAGUUCGACCAGCGUCACGGCGGCUGCGUGCCGGGCGUGUGUCGCAACGGAGGAACGUGCCGGGAGCUCUCAGGCGGCGGCUUCCGCUGCGAGUGUCCCGCCGGCGGGUACGAGCGGCCAUUUUGCAGCGUCACCGCCCGCUCCUUCCCGCCUAAGACCUUCGCCAUGUUCCGUGGCCUCAGGCAGAGAUUUCACCUCUCCAUCUCUUUAACUUUUGCAACCCUCGAGAGCAACGGCCUUCUUUUUUACAACGGCCGCUUCAACGAGAAACACGACUUCAUCGCUUUGGAGAUCCAAGACAGCCAAGUGGUGCUGAAAUAUUCCACAGGUGAGUCGUCCACCCAGGUGAGUCCCUACCUGCCUGGAGGUGUGAGUGAUGGGGAAUGGCACACGGUUCACAUCCACUACUACAACAAGCCAGCUAUACGCUAUCCCAAGCGCAGCAAGAGCGGCGAUGCCCAGGGUCCGUCAGACGAGAAGAUUGCCGUGGUGAGCGUGGACGACUGCGACACGGCCUUGUCGCUCCGCUUCGGCACCCAGCUGGGAAACUACAGCUGUGCAGCUCAGGGCAAACAGACCAGCAGCAAGAAGUCUCUGGAUCUGACAGGUCCAUUGUUCUUGGGCGGAGUUCCCAACGUUCCUGACAACUUCCCGUUCGGCACCAGGGAGUUUAUCGGCUGUAUGAAGGAGCUGCACAUUGACAACAAGCCGCUGGACCUCGCCGUUAUUGCCAACAAUGGAACUGUCCCAGGCUGCAGCGCCAAACUUCCCUACUGUAAAUCGAACCCCUGUCAGAAUGGAGGAACCUGCCGGGUCAGCUGGGAGACGUUCUCUUGUGAUUGCCCACUCGGGUAUGGAGGGAAGGACUGCAGCCACGUGAUGCCCCACCCACAUCGCUUCCUUGGAAACAGCGCCCUCUGGUGGGACCUGAAGAACGACGUAACCAUCUCCACUCCCUGGUACCUGGGCUUGGUGUUCCGGACCAGAGCCCGAGAGGGCACCCUGCUCCAGGCCCAGGCCGGGCAGUACAUCAGUCUGCUCUUCCAGGUGACCAAUGGUCAGCUGGUGUUUUCCGUGACUCGAGGUUCAACCAGAGCGGUCAGGCUGAGGCUGGAUCAGGUUCAGGUGGCGGACGGGCGCUGGCACGACCUCCAGCUCGAGCUGCGGGACGUUCACAGCGGGCGUGAGACGCGUUAUGUUGCCACACUUCGCCUUGACUUUGGACUUUAUCAGGGAACAGCAAUAGUGGGAAAUGAGAUUCACGGUUUGAAGGUGAAACAUCUGCACGUGGGAGGAGUGUUGGGCUCCGGAGAGGUCCAGAACGGUAUAAAAGGAUGCAUACAGGGCGUCCGUUUGGGCGUACGACCGGACUCCCCACCUCUGCCCCGGCCUUCCAGGACGGUCAAAGUGGAGAUUGGCUGCAACGUUGUCAACACCUGCGUCUCAUCCCCAUGCCCCGCCCACAGUCGAUGUUCCGACCAAUGGGAGCGACACACCUGCAUAUGUGAACCUGGUUUCUAUGGGAAAGGCUGCACGGAUGCUUGCCAUCUGAACCCGUGUGACAAUGAGGCGCAGUGCCACAGGAAGCCCACCUCGUCGCAUGGAUACACCUGUGACUGUGGGGACAACCACUAUGGACAGUACUGCCAACACAGGAUAGACCACCAGUGUCCAAGGGGGUGGUGGGGCUCUCCCACCUGUGGACCUUGUCACUGUGAUGCCAACAAAGGGUUUGACCCCGACUGCAACAAGACCAGUGGACACUGUCAGUGCAAGGAGUUUCACUACCGUCCACGGGGCUCAGACAGCUGCCUGCCAUGCGACUGCUACCCGGUGGGCUCCUUCUCGCGGACAUGUGACCCCGAGAGCGGCCAGUGCCAGUGCAGGCCCGGCGUGAUCGGCCGCCAGUGCAACACCUGCGACAACCCCUUCGCCGAAGUCACAAACUCAGGGUGUGAAGUCAUUUAUGACGGCUGCCCAAAAACCAUCACUCAGGGGAUCUGGUGGCCUCGGACCAAGUUCAACCUGCCCGCAGCGGUGCCGUGCCCCAAAGGCUCCGUGGGUGCUGCCAUCAGACACUGUGAUGUAGAGAGAGGCUGGAUGGAACCAGACCUUUACAACUGCACCUCCCCUCCUUUCGUGGAGCUCAAUGCUGCUUUGGAUUCGCUUGAACGCAACGAAACGGAGCUGAACACCAUAAUGGAGAAGAAGCUGGCACACCAGCUCCGAGAUGUCACCGAAGCGACAGGCCGCCUUUACGGUAACGACCUGCUGAUUGCAGAGCGACUGCUGUCACGCCUCCUGACCUUCGAGAGCCAACAAAGCGGCUUUGGACUUACCGCCACUCAGGAUGCACACUUUAACGAGAACAUCCUGCGGGGCUGCAGCGUAUUGUUGGGUCCCGGAACGGAGGGGCUUUGGCGGGCCCUCGCCCAGGCUCAGAACCACAUUCCUGGCGGUCCCUCGGAGCUGACGGAAUUGCUGGGGCAGUACACGCAGAAUCUGGCCCAGAACAUGAAGCUCACCUACCUCAACCCUGUGGCACUCGUAUCUCCUAAUAUUGUGAUGAAUCUGGACCGAGUGGAGAACCACACCCACGUGCGGCGACGCUUCCCGCGUUACCACACCUCGCUGUUUCGCAGUCAGAACGUCUGGGAUCCCUACACCCACGUGGUGCUGCCCCCUGCUGCCCUGGUGCCACAACGACAGCAGCAGCAACACAGCUGGAAGGAGAAGGAGCGCAAGGAAAAAGAACUCGAGAAAGAAUACGUCCCUCCUGUUCAACCCCCAGUCAGCAUCUCGGCCAAUCAGACGAGCGAAUACACAGCAGCCAGGCGUACGCUUGCCGCGCCCGAGCCGCCCAUCUCUAUCGUCAUUUUGCUGAUCUAUCGAAGUCUGGGCGGAGCGCUGCCUCCCAAGUAUCACACGGACAGGCGAGGAGUCAGGCUUCCCAGACACCCCGUAAUGAACUCCCCGGUGGUCACCAUCUCUGUUUACAACAACCAGACCUUCGUGGGCGGACAUUUGGACCAGCCCAUCCUGCUGGAGUUCAAGCUCCUGGAGACGGCCAAUCGCAGCAAGCCGCUGUGUGUCCAAUGGAACCACAGCAGCCAGUGUGCGAUAGGCGGUUGUUGGACGGUGAGGGACUGCAUGGUGGUGUACAGGAACACCUCCCACGUCCGAUGUCAGUGUCAAAGGCUGGGCACCUUCGGGGUGUUGAUGGACAGUUCCCACAGAGAGCAACUUGAAGGAGAUCUGGAGACCCUCGCCCUGGUUACUUACUCCUCUCUGGUGUUAUCCAUGCUGGCUCUCCUCCUCACCGUCCUGGUGCUGUCCUGCCUCCGAGGCCUCAAGUCCAACAGCCGCAGCAUCCACUCCAACACGGCGGCAGCAAUGUUCUUGUCCGAGCUUGUGUUCCUACUGGGGGUCAAUCAGACUGAGCAACAGUUCCUGUGCACGGUGGUGGCCAUCUUGCUGCAUUACUUCUUCAUGUCCACCUUUGCUUGGAUGUUUGUGGAGGGCCUUCACAUCUACAGGAUGCAGACUGAGCAACGGAACAUCAACUUCGGAGCCAUGAGGUUCUACUACGCCAUCGGCUGGGGCGUGCCAGCUAUCAUCACGGGUCUGGCCGUGGGCUUGGACCCUGAAGGUUAUGGUAACCCAGACUUCUGUUGGAUCUCCAUCUACGACAAGCUUAUUUGGAGCUUUGCCGGCCCCAUCGGCAUCGUCAUACUGAUCAAUGGAGGUAUUUUCAUGAUUGUAGCCAAGAUGUCUUGUAACCCUUCUCAGAAGGAGACCAAGAAACUUCCAGUCAUCGCCACCAUUCGUAACGCCUUCCUGCUGCUGAUGAUGGCCACCUCCACCUGGCUCUGUGGCUUGAUGGCCGUGAACAACAGCAUCCUGGCUUUCUACUACAUCUUUGACGUCCUCUGUCUGGUGCAGGGUCUGUCGGUGUCGCUGGUCUUCACUGUGUUCAACUCCGAGGUGAAGGAGGCCUGGAGAGUAGCCUGCUUGGGUAAGAAGAGUCUUGAAGAGUCGCCAAGACCAGCACAGAACACGGUCCAGAAUCCCUAUCACAACGCUUCCUUGUUGGAGCAGAGUGGGCUGCACCGCAUCACCUUGGGAGCCUCCACCAUCUCCUCCGUCAGCUCUGCCAGAGAAAAUCUCCUAGCUCGUCAAACUCUGGAGCAGAGCAUCGUUCAAACCGGAGCGACGGACCUGGACGUGGCCAUGUUUCACCGAGAUGGAGGCGAGGAUUCCGAUUCCGACUCGGACCUCUCCAUGGACGAGGAGCGCAGUCUCUCCAUCCCGUCGUCUGAGAGCGAGGACAACGUCCGCCUGCGAGGUCGCAUCCAGCGGCGUUUCAAACGCUCCAAUCACGGCGAGCGCCUGCUCACCGAGCCCGCCCACAACGGUACCAAAGAUCUGGACGGCAACGACCUUCUGUCUUACUGGCCCGCCCUGGAGGAGUGUGAGAAACACACCCUCCAAAAGUGGGGCUCGGAGCGCCCCCUGGGGGGCGACUACAGCAAGGACGCGGCAAACAACAACCAGGCGGACGGGGCGCUCACCAGCGGGGACGAGAGCGGCCUCACCCAGCCGCACAGGCACCGCAAGGGUAUUCUCAAGAACCGUCUGGGCUGCCCCCCAGCUCUUCAGGGCAUUUCAACAGUGGGUCGAGGAUCAAGUGAGCUGAACUGGUACCGCACCUCGACCCUUGGCCACAGAGGCGUCCCCGCCGCCUCCUACGGCCGCAUGUACUCGGCCUCGGCUAGCGGCGGAGGCGGCACGGGCUCGCUCUCGCAGCCGGGUUCCCGCUACUCCUCCAGGGAGCAUCUGGACUCGCUGGCUCGGAGGCAGCUCUCCCGGGAUCCUCUCGGGAGGCAAACAGUAGGCGGGUCGAAGGACCGGCUGGACUCGCGGGGUUCCAGAGACAACCUGGACCUGUUGCCCAGGAGGAGGGAACUUGGCCAGGGUGCGGGGCUCACAGGCCUGGGGCUGGAUCACCAGAGAAGGUCGUCAUCCAGGGAGAAUUUGACCUCCUCCAGGGACAGACUGGACAACCAUCACCCAAGCACUUUCCAUGCCUCAAGAGAGGACUUGAGGGGGAACGGCAUGGAGGGUAGUCUGAGCGGGUCCAGAUCGCAGCUGAACACCCUCACUCGCCGGCAGGCGUCAUCCCGGGAGCACCUGGCGGGGGCGCUGAUGAGCAGUAGGUCCAGAGAGGAGCUGGAAGCCAACGGAGUGGGAGCACAGUCCCAACCUUGUCGGGAAUGGCUGCGCUCUCUACCGCCUCGCCAGCCCUCGCACCCGGACCAACCUCCACCGUCCUCCCCGCCGCCGCCCAUCUCAGAGGAACCCCAGCAGGAGGCCUUCCCUCCCCCGGGUCACAUUAGAGGACGCCUGGACUCUGCAUGUAGGUACCCUGGGCAGACUGUCACGGCUUUGAACCCUUUGGGGCGACAGCCGUCCAGUGAACACCAGGACAUACUCUCCUCCAUCCUUGCAUCCUUCAACCCUUCCGUCCUCACUCCUCCAAACGCCGCCUCAAACCCAGGGCCCAAUGGCUCUGCCCUUGGCCCCUCCCCCUCUGCCACAUCCCACAGCAUAUCUGAAGUCUCUCCUGACUCAGAAGCCAACAGAAGUGAAGGACAGUCUUGAUGACGGCCUACAAGCUUUUGUGAGUCCCAGGUCCAAGGUCAUGGAGCUUCUUUGGAGGACUCAAACCCAGCUUUGGACACAGGUGACAUCAUGACAUGUCUUUGGAAAAAAACAAAAAAACUAAACUCACAAACGCAGACAGAAUCCACAUGAAAAGAACACGGACUGUACAUACAUCCUGACCACUAAAACACUUUUAUACAUUUUGUAUCUUUUUCAACGGGGACCAGAACGUCUCUUAUGAUGUUUUCUUUUGUAACGUCCGUGUGAGUGAGGCCGGUGCGAGUGAGUUAUUUAUUAAAAAAAACAACUAUUCAUCAAACGUGGCAAAGUAUCCAAGGAUAAUAUCUGAUGAGAGAGAGCAAAAAGGGUGAUGUAAAUAAACGGAUGGCGGUCAGGAAGGAGAUGAUUGUAUUGAGGACGCCGCGCCAGGUGCAGGGUUUUCAACCAUUUUAGCUCCGUCACAACUUGUCUUGGUUUUUUUUUUUUGCCGUUCAAUGAAUGUGAACUCGUCGUCUGUGUACCUCUUGUGCCUGGACCUUGUCCGUGGAUCCGCUGCGUCAUGUCCUCGGUGGGCGAAGGUUAGAACCCCGCCUGCCUCCCUUCUACGCCACAACCACUGAAGACUGUUUUUUUUUUACAUAACCUGCCUCAAGACAUCACGGGAGCCACUUCCUCCUCUCUGUGCAAGCCAAAGGGAAAACUGCUCAAAUGUAGAGGCCGUUUUUUUGUUUCACCGAGUCUUGGUUCUGCUCCAAAUUGUACCACUUUUCACUCCUCCUCGACCCUGACCCUGAAUCCAUUCCAGUCCCUUGCAUUGACUAUAUUGCCAAAAGUAUUCUUCAAAGUAUUUGGCGUAGAACUGUCACAGGAUGCAACAAAUCCAGUCAUGAAAUUUCCUUGCUCCUAAAUAUUCCAAAGUCAACUGUCGGCUUUAUUAUAAGAAAAAUGAAGUUUUUGGGAACAACAGCAACUCAGUCACCAAGUGUUAGGCCACGUAAACUGACAGAGUGGUCAGCGGAUGCCGAAGCGCAUAGUCCAAAGAUGUCGUGACUUGCUGCACAGUCAGGUGCUACAGAGCUUCAAACUUCAUGUCACCUUCCAAUUACCAUAUUUCCUUGAAAUGCCGCCGGGGCGCUAAUUAAUUUAAAACCUCAUCUCACUCCGGCGAUUACCAAAGGCAUGCGGUAAAGGCAAGCAUGCGCUAAUUCAUUUAAAACCUAUUUUCACUCCGGCGCCUCCCAAAGGCAUGCGGUAAAUUUAGGCCUGCGUUUAAAAUUUUGAGUGUGAUGUAAGGAUACCAUCAUGAAAAGCACAUUUAAUUAAAAAAAACAUUAUUAUGGUCUUACCUUUACUUAUAAAUGAAGUCCAUGCGCAGCUCCUUCUGAUCAAAAGCACCGAUAACUUGUUUAUAGAAGUCUUCCUUAUCUUUCUUCAGUUUUAAAAGUCUCUCUGUCUCAAUGGAGAUCUUCCUUUAUUACCUCCUGCUUCGAUUGAAAGUCCAGUUUAGAAAACUGUUUUAUUUUAGAUAUGUAAUCCUCCAUGUUAAAAGUGCAAGCGAGAGGAAAAAAUAAACGAUCGCUGCUCACUCUUGCUGCUUGUUGUCACUUAGAAGGAUCACUAGCGCCCUCUACCACCAGGAGGCGGGAUUCAUUUAAUGACUCAUAUUUGACACACGCAGCUACGGUAUAUUAAUAAAACAUAGCUGCUUACUGUUCUUUUUAGCAUAUUCAAUAGCUUGGACUUUAAAUCCUACUGAAUAGCUCUUAAUCUUCUUCCCUUUAUGCGAUUUCAAAUUAUUAAAAUCAGCCCCCUAUAUUUUGAAAAUGAUGACAGGUGAAGGGUCACUCGUGACGUGACGAGUUUGACCCGGUGGAAAUUCUAAGCAUGCGCUAAUAAAAAUAAUAUUUUGCGAAACGAGUUUGACCUGGCGUUAAUCCUGAGCCGGCGGUAAUGCUAAGCAUUUGCUAAUUAUUUUGCGAAACGAGUUCGACCCGGCAGUAAUUCUAGGCAGGCGCGUACUAUAUACCCGGCGGCAAUUCAAGGAAAUACGGUAGCCCAAGUACAUCACGCAGAGAGCUUAAUGGAUUGGGUUUCCAUGGCCGAGCAGCUGCAUCUAAGCCAUACCUCUCCAAGUCCAAUGCAAAGUGUGGGACGCAGUGGUGUAAAGCUGCACUCUAGAGCAUUGGAGACGAGUUCUGUCAGGUUCAAACACUGAUGAAAUCUAUUAAACAAGACAAGAAGCAAUGAAUUAAACAGAGACAGAAUUAAAUUUGGCUCAAUUGAAGAGAAACGUCUGGGCUGUACUCGUGUACAGUCUCCACCACGUUCUGACGAAAGAUUGUACGCCCCCUCUUUUAUUUGGACUUUCCCUGAUUACAUGGCAACUGCUGUUUCUGAGGGAAGGGGGUCAUAAACAGCCGCCGCCUUUGUCACAAAACAGUUCAAAGAAAAGGUCGUAAAAACAGUUCAAAGAAAAGGUGCCUGGAGGGAAGUCGAGCCCUGCUUCCUCUCCGCUUUGUAGAUCCCGGGUCAAGACAACAUCUUCCUGUGGAUUACAAUAGAAGAAAGAAACCAAUGCCUUCAUGUUGCUUCCCAUCGUACACGGUGGAGUUUUACAAGCCUUCUGCUUGUUCUCUGGAGUUAUCAAUCACGCUUUUUCAUCUCGCUAUCUGUUGGACCAGUCCGGGUUUGGAGGUUGCCAGGAGAACGCUACAUUUCGGACCGCAUUGUGCCGAGUGUGAAAUUUGGUGGAGGAGGAAUUAGGGUGUGGGGUUGCUUUUUCAGGAGAUGGUCUUGGCCCCUUUGUUCCAGUGAAAGGAACCUUGAAUUAUCAAGGAUAGGAACCAGAUGGCACUUCAAGUUCAUACGCGAGUCAAAUACUUUUGGCAAUAUAGUGUAUCUUCAUUAUUAGUGGAUGUAAAUAUUGUUUAAAAUGGACGCCGUCUCCUCCUACUUGACUUGAAACAUUCAUUUAGUUUGAAUCAUCAAAACAUUUAAGAAGAAAAGGUUGACUCCACGUAUUAAAGGCGACGCGCUCCAAGAGAAAGAGGGUAGGACAGGAGGAGGGUUGGAAAAAAGGAUGAUGGGUGGGUAUGUUUCGGAUUGCCUUGGCAUGAAAACGUUCUGUUCCUGUUGCCGCGGAUUCAAGAGAAAUGUUGGACAUUAAAAACCAAACAAAGAAUAA